AUGAAGGCCGAAGUAAUUCGCUCGUACACAGCCGUACGUCUAACUGUGUUCAUCUGCUGCAUUGGAAUGGCCGCAGGGAGGAUAAUUCACCGGAUUAGUGAUUACAAUGCCCCGAUGGCGGAACCAGUGCGUCAGUGUCGUGCAAUCUGCUUGGCAAACCAUUUGCACGAGGAGAUCAACAACAUCGUCGUAACGGAUGAGUGUACCGAUCGACCCAACUGCUUCAUGUGUUGGGAUUAUUGCAAGCUACUGCACGAGGAGAAGCGUAUCGUGCGCGAUUUGAUGUGCAGUGAUGUGAUUUGUUACUCGGGAUGUAAGACAGCCUGCAAAUACUACGGAGGUUUCUUUCGAAACGUGAAACCGAUAGCUUUGUUAAGGACCCUCGCUAUACCGGCUAUCGGACAUCAGACGAGUCGCUACGACGUCGAACCCAGUGCAACCUAA